UCUGGAGACACCCUCACUAUCUCUCUCCUCUGCCCUCCUCCAGCACACCUUUGUGCUGUUCUCCCUCCUCCCUCUUGAGCCCCACAAGCCUCCUUCCUCCGCAAUCCGUCCAAUGUGUGCACGGUGGGGUUAGUGUACGAGCGGAAAGCGACACAGGCGAGAUGCUGCUCGAGUGACAUCUGUUUGGAUUCCACGUCUCCUUCGGGGCGCACUGAAAAAGACUGCAAAAAGUCUAAGGAACUUCAGCACAGCACCCCGAGGAGCCUAAAAAGCUCUUACUCGUCAGCCUUCAUUUCUUCUGCAACCAACCUUCUUUUCCAGACUGUGGGAUUAAUAGUAAGGCAAGCUAAAACAAUGAAUGUCAAGUUGCACCAGGUGCUCACGCCUGUCUGUCUCCUGGGAGUGUUAAUCUUUGUAGUGGACAGCAAAGGAACUUUCUAUGGAGGUCAUGUCAAUCCUUUUUAUGGACACAGAUACAACAUGUUCAAGGCUGGACUCACUCCUCAGCACACUCCAAGCAAGCCUAUGACCAGACACAAAAACCACUGUGCCUAUGUGGUCCAGAGGAACGUCACGUGCACGAUGCAGGAUGGAGUCGCCACAUACGUCAAGGCUGAGUACACAAUCAAAUGCAUCUGGGGGCAGAAGUGUCCUGUUAUCAUGUACAGGACAUUCCACAAACCAACAUACAAAGUGGGUUAUAAAACGGUGACUGAGCUGGAGUGGAGAUGUUGCCCGGGUUACUCUGGAGACAACUGUUAUGAUGGACCCACCUCACUGCCUGACGUGACACCUCCUUUCAAGGGAGCAGCUUUGCCCCAUCGCCCUGGGAUUACGGGGGUUCCCCAGGGUCCCAGAGUCCCCGUUGACCAGAAACCUGGAGGAGCACAGCUGGAGCCAGGCAAACCUUACCCCGACCUACAUGAUCACAGACCGAUACCCAGUGGACAGCUGCCUGUCGGAAAUGGAAAACCAAACACUGGUAACAAAUUUGGGAUUUCUGGAGUGAGCGGCGAACGUUUGGACCACAUGGAGGACAAUCUACGGCGCCUCACUUUGGGUCUCAACACUCUCAAUGGGGCGGUGGCCGGCCUCGAGGAGCGACUGCGCACGUCUCUUCGGGAAGACACCAACAAGAUCCUGGUGUCGCUGCUGCCCGGCACGCCACGCAGGCCGGACUCAGCCAUGGGAUUUGGGCUGCUCCCAAUAGGGACUCCGGGCGUACUGGGAGGGGAGGAAAGCUUCAACGGAUUUGGAGAUCUUGCUGGGAGGGUGACAGAAGUCAAAGAUGAGCUACGAGCCAAGACUCACAUUUUAGAGGAGAUUCAGGGAAUGGUCUUGGGCCAUGACGGGCAGCUCAAGAGCCUGCUGGAAGGAGCAAGAGGCAGGCCCAUCCCUGGCCCCGGUUCAAUUCACCUGGACGGCAUCCUCCAGGACAAGCUGGCUGGGAUGCAGGCUGAGAUCCUGGAUGGAUUUGAACAGCGACUCUCUCGCCUUGAGAACCAGUGCGAGGAGAAGAUCGGGGCUGUGCAGAGACAGUGUCAUAGGGAGCACAUGGAUGGCCAAGAGCAGAUGCAGCAGUCCCUUGAUGGGAGAGAAACUGGACUGAGGGCAGAGUUGGGCUCUUUGCAGGCUCAGAUCCAAGGCCUAACGCUCACAGAGAGCUGCUGUGGACAGGUGAACAGCCUCUCUCAGCGUGUGCUGCUCCUGGAGGAGUCCGUUAAAGGGCUCACAGAAUCACAGCGACAGCUUCAAUCAGCACUCAGGGAGCAGAACAUCCACGUAGAGACGCUGAUUGAGACCCGCUUGGUGGACCUGGAAGGCCGCCUAAAUUCUACGGUGAGUGAAGCGGAUGGUGUGUCGAGGCUGCCCGGUGGCCUAGAUGGCUUCAAGAACAUGCUGGAGGACAAGUUGAAGAUCCUGGAGGAAAGGGUGAUUGUGGCUGUGGAGGAGCUGAGCAAUGCCACGACACCAGCGCUGUUGGAGGGCCAGGUGGUGCCACCACGGGAAACAGAUAUCGAGUCUGUGAGGAGAAGAUUACAUGGAAAUCUGGAUGGCAUUGAAAAACGCCUAGUCGACCUGGAGCUCCUCUGCACCUCCUGCUCACCUUCUACUCCUCCAGCAGGGCGUGUCAGAGUUAGUGAAGUGGAGUGUGAGGACAUGGAGAAUAAGAUGACCAAUCGUCUGGACUUUCAUUCAGACCAGCUGGACCGCCUGAACAGUACACUGAAGAACCUACUCUUGCGGAUAGCCCAGGAAGAGGCAGGCCAGUCCGUCUAUGGCGAGAUCACCCUUCUGAAGGUCAACAUCAACUCCGUGAACCGCACUCUCAAGGGACUAAAGGACUCUAUUCGUUUGAUUGCAAGUGAAGUGGGCCAUGCCAAUUCCACAUGGGAAGAGCGGGAACAGCAGCUCGUCAAUCAGGUGCAGGGAAUCACCAAACUAGUGGGCCACCAAGCCUCUCUCCUAGGGGCCGGGGAGAGGCGCCUAGCCCAGCUGAAGGGAGAACUCGUGGCCUUGAAGAGACAGCUCACGGGCGGGCUUCAAGGCUGCCGGACCACAGCGAAAGAAGUUCAGAAGGAGGUGAAAGACGUUGAUAGCAGAGUGAGCCAUGUGGAAGGCCAGUGCGGAAGUUUAGGGGAGCUGGCUGAGCACUUGGAGAGGAUCAGGGCAGAACUUGAGAGACACUCGGACUCCUACCUAGCUCAGGUGAACGGUGCGGUCGACGCCCAUUCAGAGCAGCUUGCUGAGGUGAAAGGGGAAGUCAGAGACAAUGUGCCAAAGCAGGGAGCAAACCCAACGGUAGACCAGUAGCAUCUGAACCACAAAUGGCUUUAAAAGAAUCAAUGUCUUCUGCCUCUCCCCAUACAUGCAAAAUAAUCGGAGAGGUGAGAGCAAUUUUUUGUAAGUCCGCCACCGCAGUGUCUCCAGAUGACCUGCUUACGAGGAGAAGCACACACAUUUCCAAGACAUACCUAUUUCUGUGGCGCUGGACCAUGUUUUAAUCUCCACGGCAUUUGGCUACAACGUUUCCCGUCAUUUUAACUUAUAUGAAGUGCAUAUUGUUAAAACUCUUAUCAUAUGUUUGUAUGAGACGUGUGAUAAUGCUAAACAAAAUGGGCAACCUGGGAUUAAUAAAUUGCACCCGUGUUGGCAAUUGUGUGGUCUUUAUAUUAGUGUGGUUGCUAUUUACAUAUCUGUAAACAUCUGAUUGUACACGUUAAAAAUAUCCAUUUUUCCAGUGGCAGUUGUAUGAAUUUGUUUUUGAUUGCUUCAAGGCUUUAGCGAACUUCUGCAAUGUACUAUAAAGAUGGGAGACAACUCAUUAAUGUCUGAGAAAUAAAAUCCCAAACUCCC